AUGGCAGAGGAAAUGGCUAAAGUUAUCAGCUUAAAUCUAUUAGUGAAAAGAAUAACAAAAAGGCAAACCAAUCGUGCAAAUCCUUUUACAGAUUCGGAUAAUAAUAAAAUAUCAGAAAUAAACGUUGAACGUUAUUAUCGAACUACAAUAUUCAUUCCAUAUGUAGAUUUCUUUAUUGUUCAAUUAGAAGAAAGAUUUACUGCACACAAAAAAAUUUUUAAAGGAUUUGAGACUAUUUUUUCAAAAAAUCAGUUUUUAAAUACAAGUGAAAUUGAAUCCUUUACAAAUCUGGCAGAUUUUUAUUCACCACACAUAAAUAAAGGCAACAGUUUAGCUGAACUAAAUAUCUGGCACACAAAAUUAUUGGAAAAUUCUGAAGUCAUUAAAAAUGGCCUAGAUGCUCUCCAAAUUUGCAGUUCCUCUAUUUAUACAAAUUUGAAUAAGCUAUUAAAAAUUGUUUGUGUCCUACCCGUUUCAACAUCCACCCCAGAAAGAACAUUUUCAACAUUAAAGAGGGAGAAGAUAUACACAAGAAACUCAAUGCUUGAAGACCGUUUGAAUGGAUUAACGCUAUUGGCAGUUCAUAAAGAUAUAAGCAUUACUCCAGAUGAAGUCUUAGAUGAAAUGGCUAAGAAACCAAGAAAACUUGAAUUUGUAAUUUAG